AUGUCCCAAAAGAAUCCUGAAGAAGUUUCAAAUCAAAACCCUAGAAUCACCUGGGAAGGUUGCAGUGUCUUACUUGACAUCAACGACGGCGACCGUCUGGUGUUUGCUCGCCUCACAGCCGCUUCCUCUUUGAAAAUUGGGAAUAAGAAUUGCAAUCUUCAGCCAUUGAUUGGUUGUCCAUUCGGUUCGUUGUUUCAAGUAGACAAUGGAAAAGAAGGUCCAUUUUUGUCCCGUGUUCUUCCAACUACACAAGGGAAUAGUGAUCAAGUAGAAGGGGAUUAUUUAAUCAUCAGUGAGUCGAAAGACAACCGAGCUAUAGUUGAUAAUAAUACAGCCCAAAGUCUUACCGGUGAAGAUAUAGAUGCGUUGCGGAGACAGGGUGCAACUGGAGAUGAGAUAGUUCAAGCUCUGAUUGCUAACAGUGCAACAUUUGAGAAUAAAACAUCAUUUUCACAGGAGAAAUAUCGGCUUAAGAAGCAGAAGAAAUAUGCACCCCGAGUACUUUUAAGACGUCCUUUUGCACGCAGUAUAUGUGAGGCAUACUUCAAGAAAUAUCCAGCCAGAAUUGGGUUCUUGCGAGUGGACUCUUUAUCUCUUCUGCUUUCUAUGGCUAACGUGACUGCACACUCUGAUGUCCUUGUAGUGGAUAUGGUUGGUGGUAUUCUUACUGGUGCUGUGGCAGAACGCUUGGGAGGUACUGGUUAUGUGUGCAAUUCCUACCUGGGAGUUACACCGUAUCCUAUGAAUAUCGUGAGGAUAUUCAAUUUCAAUAAUGAAAUCUGCAAGAGGAUUCUGCAGUCUCCCCUCUGUGACCUUUGUUCAGCUGAAGAUGGAACUAUUGCGCAAACUGAGCAGCUGGAAGUUGCCUUAAGUAACCAAAAACAGUCAAACGAUGAAAUAAUGUCUUCUGAUUCACCUCCAAACUCCAUCAGUAUGGAAGGGAACUGUCUCUCUUCUGAAAACGGGAGUAUGGAUAUCAUUACUGAGACAGCUGCUUCUCCAUUUAUCAAACCUUGCAAAGCAGCAAAAGCUGGAGAGAAGGCACCACAAGAGGCCACUAAGUUGUGGAGAGAAAAUGGUUUUUCUAGCCUAAUAAUUGCUGCUCCAGAUCUGGAUGCUUGGAGCACUGUCAAAGAACUCCUCCCACUUCUGGCUUUUUCAGCUCCAUUCGCAAUUUAUCACCAAUAUCUUCAGCCUCUUGCUACGUGCAUGCACAAUCUACAGCUUGAAAAAAUGGCAGUUGGCUUGCAAAUUUCAGAACCCUGGAUACGCGAAUAUCAGGUUUUCUUUGAUCUCAAGUUUGUUUUCCUUUUUAACCUCUCAUUAUUUUUCUGUAAUGAAACUAGAUAA